GGUAUUUGCUGGUUGGUAAUCCAAUUUAGUAUUUGUAACGAAUGAGGUAAAAAUACAUGUGCUAGUUUGUUCGUGUUUAUCUGAUAUAAAACAGAAGCGGUAGGAAUUCGAAUUAAUUGUUUUCGUUCUAGUUAUCCGUGUGUUGUGAUAUCUGUGAGAAGUGAGCGCCUGCAGUUAUGCGUUUCAACAAGAAAACUAAGGGGUAUUCGCGGGUUCCAGACCAUAUCCGGCCGAGGGUGUGUUCACUCCCGGAAAAGCCGUACAAUCCAAGGCUGAGCGACGAUUUGUACCGACUCAGAACCUUCAGCAUCACGAACAAGGGUGGCGUAGUAAAUUGCGGAGAUUCAAUCAUCAACAGGAGGUCGCGGUCGAACACCAGCGUCAAUUCGACAGCCAGCAGGUAAGCGA